AUGAUUAAAAUUGGAGAUCGUGUCACUGUUAAUAAUCGAGUUGGUUCAGUACGAUUUAUUGGUAAUACUUCAUUUGCUAAGGGGAUUUGGUAUGGUAUUGAAUUAGAUCUACCUGAAGGUAAAAAUAAUGGAACUAUUAACGAUGUGAAGUAUUUCGAAACUGAUGCAAAUCAUGGUGUAUUUGUUAAAUUACCAUUUGUCAAGAAAUUAGAAGGAGACUCUACUGUGAUUAGUGAAGAAUCUCAAAAGGAACAAAAGUUAGAGAUAAUCAUUGAAUUAUUACAAGAUAAGAUUUACAACUAUAAUAUUGAAAAUUCUCAAUUAAAAGAACAAAUCCAAAAAUUAACUAUUAAAAUUGAAUCACAAAAUUCAUCUGAUCAAGUUAUUGGUUCAUUAUCAAAUGAGACUGAUAGUUUACGUUUGAAAUUUGAAGAUUUGAAGAAUCAAUUAGAAGCUUAUAAAGAUCAAAUUCAAAAAAAUGAGAAUUUCCAACAUUUAUAUGAAAAUAUUUUAAAACAAAAUGAAGUGUUAAAAAAUGAAAAUGCACAACAAUUAAAACAAUUAAACAAUAUUACACCAAGAAAAAUUAAACAAACAAUAUCAGUACCUAAUGAAAAUGAAUUAUAUCAAACUCAAACAUUAAAAUAUAGAUCUGAAUUAUUAUUGAAUGUUUUCCUUUCGAAUGAUAUUUCAUAUGUCAAUGCCAAUAUAUUGGAGAAUUUUUUUAAAUUUAUGUACAAUUAUCUAAAUGAGACUUCAAAUAUUUUCCCCAGCGAAAAUACCGUCAAUAAAUUACAAUUUGAAUUUUAUUUCCAAUUCUUGAUAUUUUUCUAUAAUUAUAUCAAUAUUAUGAGUCAAUCUAAAAUAAUAGAUGAAUCUAAUGCACUUGAAUUGAUAUGUCUCAAUGAAUAUACGAAUUUGGAAAUAUUUUACAAGUCUAUUGAAUUGGAGAAAAAAUUUCACGAGAUCAUAAUAUAUCUCGAUAAUCAUAACAUCAUUAAUCAAAAUUGGUCAUUUUUGCAAAAAAUCUUAAAUUAUUUGAUUAAAAUUUAUUUGCCCAAUUUAUUAAAUAUAGGGAUCAAAAAUUAUGAUAAUGAUUUUAUUCAAGAAUUUUUAAAAUUAUUCAAUAUUGAAAUACCUAAAAAUUUAUCUCAACUUAAAAACAAUAAUAGUUAUGUUGAUAAUUCUUACUGUAUGGCUGAAUUUUUCAAAAUUACUGACAUACUUGAAGUAUUAUUUUCCAAUGAUUUACAAAUAAUUUUCGAAUAUUUCCAAAAAUUAUCACAUCAACUUUUAAACGUGGAACUAGAAGAAAUAUCUAAUACAACCCUUUCAAAUUUUGAUAAUCAAAUAGUUAUUAAUGAUAUUGAUGAGAAUAUCGCAAUGUACAAAAAUCAAAUUGAAGAAUUAACAAUUCAAUUGAACGAGAAAGAUGAGGUUAUUCAACAAUUACAAUUAAAUAAACGUUUGUAUCAAUCUAUUAAACGAGACAAUAAUCAAAAUGUUUUAGAGAUCAAUAAACUGAAUAGACAGUUACAGGAAACGAUUGAAAUGAAUAAAAAUUUAAACAAUAAAGUUGAAAAAUCACAAACCCUUGAAAAUUCAUUGAAGGAUCAGAUAAAUAAAUUGAAAUAUCACAAAUAUCAAAUUAUACCUACAGAAGUUGAUAGUCAAACUCUACGAGAAAUCCAAAGAAUAGACACUGCUGAGCAAUUAUUAACACUUCGAAAGAUAUUCAUACGACGAUCUCAAAAGAAAAUGGCUGAUACCACUUUGAUAGAGUUAUCCAGACUUUCAUGGCUCGAUGAACCUAAAUAUCAUCCUGUUUUGAAAUCAAAUAAUAACAAGAAUAAUGCUUUACUUAACCAGUUCCAUGAUUUGAGUAAAACAAUGGAUAAUUAUUUAGAGAGUUCUAAUGAUAAUACUACUAUUAAUACCCAAUUAUAUAAUGUCUUGGAUGCAUUUCGUACUAACAAUGUAUCUAAAUAA